AUGGUAUUAGGUGCCUGCCUCAUACUGCUGAGUUCACUCAUGAUCGCUCUAGGAAUCGCAAGGGUCAGGGAAGACAUCUGGGUUGCAGGCAUCCUGGUGGCAAUUGUUGGCGGCCCACUUUUCCUAUUUUCUUUAUUCAUUUUUUGCACUCUUAAUCGCCCUGGACGCACACCAGGUUACGAACAGGAUUUUUCCGUCAGCAAACUUUCUUUGCCUACGAUUGCUCAUGUCUACUAUGGUCGUCGUCCAUACUACCCUAUAAAGGGUACCAACUACGACUACAUUGGAGCUGCUUCGCGGAGUGGACCGAGUGCAUCAUCAAUGCGAGUUUGA